AUGCUGGUAAGACUGGGAUUGAAUUCAAAUCUCAUUAAGACAAGAACCCCUCUAUCAAAUGGAGGCGGGUUUAACUCUAUGAUGACCAAAUUAAUAGCACCAUAUAGUCAAAUGGCUACUGCAAGAACCAUUCUAUUGUCAUCAUCAUCAUCAUCAUCAUCAAGCAUUCCAAUACUAAUGAAAAAUACUGCUUCAAGAACCACACUUCAGAAUAUGAUGACUAUCCGCUCAUUUACACAAAACUCUAUAUUGAACGAAAACGUCCCAAGUAGUAAAGAUACCCAAGAUUCCACAAUCUUAAGAGAACAAAGAGCCAAGAGACCAAUAUCCCCACAUUUAACCAUUUAUCAACCUCAAUUGACAUGGUAUUUAUCAUCCUUGCAUAGAGUCACACUAGUAUUGAUGGGGUUCGCAUUUUAUCUAGUGACUAUUGCCUUCGGUCUCACUGGGUUAUUCCAAUCAAAUAACUCAGAAAAUAAACUGACUUCCAAUAGUUUGAUUAAUUGGUAUCAUAAUAAAAUGUCUAACAUGACUAAAUGGACCGUAAAGGGUGCAUUCGCUUAUAUGUUUACUUUACAUUACGCAUUGUCCGUUAGACAUCUAAUUUGGGAUAUGGCAAAGGAAUUAUCCUUGAAAGGUGUCUAUAGAACUGGGUAUGCUGCCAUGGGCUUUGCUGCCUUAGUUGGUACUUGGUUGUUCAGUUUGUAA